UGUUCUGUGCCAUUGGAAGGAUCUUAUUUGGUUUCGGAUACAUGACCAGAACAGCCGCCAUCAGAAGCGGGAACAUUCUGGCGGGGGCCUUAUAACGUCCCUUUCUUCCUUCGCAUCCUUUGAAACUCGAAUUCACAUGGGGUCGUUUUUUCUCCCAUUUUCCCUAAUUUAUUUUUGAACAAGCGAGUCGGCUUCUUCUUUACUUCUCGUUGCUCUGCUUGUUCAUAUAUACUUCAUCGCUCAGAAGGAUUUAACACGGUCCACGAGUUCAAGUGUUGAGUCUCCCACUUUCCCUCUCUGUUUUCCUUAUGAAUUUUCUCGGGAAAAUUCUCAGUGGUUGGUAGGUUGGGAAAAAUGAUGACGAAAUAAAGAAAAAUAAAAAGGAUAAAUCGACUUUUUGGCGGCGAAAAAGGAGAAGAAGAAGAUGGCGGAAACGCGGGAAUCCGAAGACGGGUCUGGUAGGUAAACAAAACAAAAAGUGGAAAGAGGUCCAAAGACGCACAUAUAUUAAUUUUGGGCAUGAAAUAAAAUCGCUGAAACGAGAUGGGGUAGGGGCCAUUAUUGAAUGCUCUAACAUGCCCUAAUAAAUAAGGGGUCGUGGGGGUCAGGGGUUGUUACUUGUUUGUUGCUCUCUUUAAGCUUUUACAUUAAAUGCUGGAGACGUGGGAUGAACAGCUACUGCGGUUGACCAUUAUUAGGGCAAUAGGGCUAUAGUUCCCACCACUCACUCUUCAUUCAUAUUCUCUCUAUUGAAACAUACUUCUACGAUUCUUUUCUUUAUUAUUAUUAUUAUUAUUUUUUUUUUUUUUUGCUUCCUUUCUUCCUUUCCAAUGCUUCAUACUCUAAACAAAAGCAAACUCUGGCUUUGUUCUUUGGUAAUUCCUUUAUGCCUCUGCUUUUGCUUUAGUUUCAUCCAUUUGAAUGUCUCUGGAAUACCCUUUCUUUUCCUCUUUCUUUAUCUGCUCAUUGCAAUUUUAAAUUAUCAUUGUUGUUGCAGUAUCUUGUCUCUGUCUCUCUUGUCUCUGGGCUCUGUUAGACUCUUCUCUUAAAUUGUCUCUACUGCAGGCAGCCUCAUCUAGAAGAAAAGGAUCCUGCAUAUAUUGGGCACUAUCGUAUCAGUGUUUGAUUGAAAAUAUGAUUGGUUGAAUCAAGGAAAAUUUUUCAAUGUGUUGAAGGAAGUCCACGUGAACCAUGAAACUAGAGGGUGAGCUCGUCUCUUGCCAUCCAAAUAUUUGCCUUGAAACUAAAAAUCAGUCCUUUGAAUUCAAUGAUAGUAAUCCAAACUCCAUCCUAUGCAAAUCAAGAAGCGAGAAAGUGAAGGAAAAUGACGGAAGGAUUUCCUUUGAUUUAAAGAGUAAUGAGGGGAAUCCAAUUCCAAUACAAUAUGACAUGGAGGGGGAGGAAGGUUUGAUUGCUUCAAAAUUUGUUUGCCCUACAGGCAUAGUUGAUUUGAAACAUAAAGAUGAAGCAAAGGCCCAGAACUUUGUUGAACCUGUCUCUCAUUCUUCCCAAGAUAUAGAAGCAUCUGAUGCAAAAAGGCCCCAUGAUGUGUGGAUCCAUGAUUCUCCAGAAGAGUCAGAUUCAUGUGAGAAUUGUGAAGAUACCUAUUCUGAUGAAUGUGUGGCAGAAAGUCAACCAGAAUUGAUAGUAUGUUACAAAGAAAGUAAUUGCCAUUUUAUUAAGGAUAUAUGUGUUGAUGAAGGAGUCCCUGCCAUGGAUAAGGUCCGGUAUGAGAAUAGUGUUGAUGAAAAGGAUGUUUCUAAAUUAUUGCCUUUUGAUCCUUCAAGAACAGAAGUAUCAGAGAAAGACAACAGCAAGAUUAAUGUGCCUUUACCAGAUGAUCUAGAUUUAUCAAUAACCAAGGAAUCUGACAAGGUUCCUGCUAAACAUCAUCAGUCUGAGGAUUUAAUUCAGAGGGAUGAGAAUGAUACUGAAAAUUUUGCUGAUCAGAACAAAGAAAUGGUUUUACCUGGUGGCACAUUUUUGUUGCAAGAGAUAGAACCAGAAGAAGCUAAGCCUUUGCGUGAUAAGGGUGAUGAAGUUGAACUCAACCAUGCGGAGGUCUGUAGCGAGCCUGAAUCACACUCCAAGCAUGAAGAAUCCAAAAACAGGGCUGGGGAAGCAGUAUUGGCUAACCCUGCAGUCAAUGAACUGGAUAAUGAUAUCCUUGUCAGAGAUAGCUACUUUGUUCCUUCAGAUUUUGUGGCUUCUUGUAGUAAAAAGGAACGUCACCAAGAUGGUAGCUGUAAAUGUGAUGACUUUCUAAAUACAGCUAAGCCUGAAGAUGGGAGGUCUAUUACAAGUCAAGUUUAUCAUUGCAAUGGCGAGUCAAGUUUCUCGGCUGUAGGUGUAUCUAGUCAUAUAUGUUACUCAGGACCUGUACCCUUUUCCGGUAGCAUUUCGCUUCGAUCAGAUAGCAGCACAACUAGCGCGCGUUCCUUUGCCUUUCCCAUACUGCAAUCUGAAUGGAAUAGCAGCCCGGUCAGAAUGGCGAAAGCUGACAAAAGGCAUCACCGGAGGCAGAAGGGUUGGAGGGAGGGCCUUCUUUGCUGUAGAUUCUGAACAAUUCUUUCUCUCUUUUACAGGUUUAGAAUUAUGAGAUAUAUAUGAUAUCAUUGAAUCUCAUGUACAUCUCCGAGAUGUUUAUUGACCAGAAAGGUUAGAACGCUGAGUUUGAGCUCCUUUAUGCAAGCCAAGCCCUGUCCCUCCCCCCCUUUCCUUCCAUCUGUUUUCCUCCUUAGUCUUCAAUAUAUGGUAUAAUCAUUCUCAUCUACAUUAAAGAUUCCAAGUGUAAGUGUAUGAUAAGUUUAGGUUAGUUCAUGUUCCGAAAACUCUCAAAGUAGAAGCGAGCUAGUCAAAUCUCUUGAAGUUGCUGUAAUAAUCUCUGAUAAAUUCUUUCCAUGGCAGAAAGGAGAGGAGCGAAUUAAUCAACAGUGUAUAUUAGUAAUGUAUGAAAUGAGACUGAGAGGAAGGGUUUUUGACUUUUUGUACACCGGAUUUUUGUU